UGCGCACGUGUGACUAGAGAGGAACUAACGUCAGUUGAGAGAGCCGAAAAGCUGGGCUGUGGCGCCCUGUUGAAGGCACUUUACCGACAACAUGUCUCAUUUACCGAUGAAACUUUUACGCAGGAAGAUCGAGAAGCGGAACCUCAAAUUGCGACAACGAAACCUGAAGCUCCAGGGUGCCUCAGCUGUGAGCCUGUCGGAAAUUCAAAAUGGAAGUGUGUCUGAAGAAACAGUGGGAGAUGGAAAAGUUAAAAAGUCCAUAAAGCAGUCUGUGAAUGUGGGCUUGUCAGAAGCCCAAAAUGGAGAUAUAGCUAAACAAACAGUAGGAAGCAGAAAAGUUAAAAAAUCCCUGAAACAACCUAUGAGUGCUGGGUUGUCAGAAGCCCAAAAUGGAGACAUAUCUGAAGAAGCAAGAGUAAGUGGAAAAGUAAAAAAGUCCCGAAAACAGUCUAUGAAUGCAAACUUGUCAGAAGCCAACAAUGGAGACCUAUCUAAGGAAGCCAUGGAAAAUGUCAAAGUUAAAAAAUCUGUGAAAGAGUCUGUAAAUACAGGCAUGUCAGAAACCCCAAAUGGAGAUGUAUCUAAAGAAACAGGGGAAAAUGUCAAAGUUAAGAAAGCCUCCAAGAAAUCUACCACAUUGACCAGUGGAGAAGCAGCAAUGCAGUGUCCCAAUUCAGAAUCAAAAAAGAAGAAGAAGAAAAAGAGAAAAAUAGUGGAUGAUGUGGGGCCUGAUUCCAAAAAAGCAAAAGCUGAGGACACCGCUGAAGAUGGUGCCCAGGCUCCUGAAGAAACAGAAAACAGUGUGGAGAAGCCAGACGAGGAUGAGGACAGCGAAGUGCCCACCCUGCCCCUGGGACUGACAGGAGCUUUUGAGGAUACUUCAUUUGAUUCUCUGACUAAUCUUGUCAAUGAGAACACUCUGAAGGCAAUAAAAGAAAUGGGCUUUACAAACAUGACUGAAAUUCAACAUAAAAGUGUCAGACCACUUCUGGAAGGCAGGGAUCUCCUAGCAGCUGCAAAAACAGGCAGUGGCAAAACCCUGGCAUUUCUCAUCCCUGCAGUUGAACUCAUUGUUAAGUUAAAGUUCAUGCCCAGGAAUGGAACAGGAGUCCUUAUUCUCUCACCGACUAGGGAACUGGCCAUGCAGACUUUCGGCGUUCUUAAGGAGCUGAUGACCCACCAUGUUCACACGUACGGGGUGAUAAUGGGUGGCAGUAACAGGUCUGCUGAAGCGCAGAAGCUUGCCAAUGGGGUCAACAUCAUCGUGGCCACGCCAGGCCGUCUCCUGGACCACAUGCAGAAUACCCCCGGGUUCAUGUAUAAAAACCUCCAGUGUCUGGUUAUUGAUGAGGCUGAUCGUAUCUUGGAUGUUGGGUUUGAAGAGGAAUUAAAGCAAAUCAUUAAACUUCUGCCAACACGCAGACAGACCAUGCUCUUCUCUGCCACACAAACUCGAAAAGUUGAAGACCUGGCAAGGAUUUCUCUGAAAAAGGAGCCUUUGUAUGUUGGUGUUGAUGAUGAUAAAGCUAAUGCAACUGUAGACGGUCUUGAGCAGGGAUAUGUUGUCUGUCCUUCUGAAAAGAGAUUCCUCCUGCUCUUUACAUUCCUUAAGAAGAACCGGAAGAAGAAACUAAUGGUCUUCUUUUCAUCCUGUAAGUCCGUGAAAUACCACUAUGAGUUGCUGAACUACAUCGAUUUGCCUGUCCUGGCCAUUCAUGGAAGGCAGAAACAAAAUAAGCGUACGACCACGUUCUUCCAGUUCUGCAAUGCAGAUUCAGGGAUCUUGUUGUGUACAGACGUGGCAGCUAGAGGGCUGGAUAUUCCUGAAGUGGACUGGAUUGUUCAGUAUGACCCUCCAGAUGACCCCAAGGAAUACAUUCACCGUGUGGGCAGAACAGCCAGAGGCCUGAAUGGAAGAGGGCACGCCUUGCUCAUUUUGCGCCCUGAAGAAUUGGGUUUCCUUCGCUACCUGAAGCAAUCCAAGGUUCCAUUAAGUGAAUUCGAGUUUUCCUGGUCCAAAAUUUCUGACAUUCAGUCUCAGCUUGAAAAACUGAUUGAAAAGAACUACUUCCUCCAUAAGUCAGCCCAGGAAGCAUAUAAGUCGUACAUUCGAGCCUAUGAUUCCCACUCCCUGAAACAGAUCUUCAAUGUUAAUAACUUAAAUUUGCCUCAGGUUGCUCUGUCAUUUGGCUUCAAGGUGCCUCCUUUUGUUGAUUUGAAUGUGAACAGCAAUGACGGCAAGGUUAGAAAGCGUGGCGGUGGCGGUGGAUUUGGCUACCAGAAAGCCAAGAAAGUCGAGAAGUCCAAGAUCUUCAAACACAUAAGCAGGAAGCCGUCUGACGGCAGGCAGUUCUCUCACUGAAGAUACACCUUUGUCCUGAAAUGGAUUUUCUUUUUCUCGCUGUAAGAAAGGAAUUUGUGUUAAUUUAGGAUUUGGACUCAUCUAACUAGUAUGAAUUAACUUGGGUCGCCAGCACUGAGGUUUCCAGUGAGUCUCCUUUUUGGAGAUAUGAAACAGGUCGUGAUGUCUUGAUUGCCCAAGAGCACAGCAAGGCAUCUUUCUAGUUUUUGUGAUGAUAGGAUAUUUCUAAGUGUAAAUUUUUUUUUUCCCCCAAACUUGUUACUGUUUUAACAUAAUUCUUUUGGUACCUUGCCUUCCUAGUGUCUGAAGCCUUUUGUGACUUGGAUUGCUGUGUCAGCCUGCCAGAAAGGGCAGGUGACCGGACACUGGACAGGUGGUGGUGGUGCAGAAAAUUGUCUCAAUUGUUUUUGGUUUCAGUUUUUUCUUGGACCUUAACAGUGUUUUGAGCCCUGCUGAAAGUGUUGCUGUGUCAAAGGGCAGAGAGCUUUGGGAAACCCCUAAGGGAGCACUGGGCUUUUAUAUGCCAGACUUUAAAACAAGGAGCCUUUUCCGUUUUACUUUUUCAGGAGUAAGAAAUAUGCCUUGUCAUUGUUACUUGAAUAAAGCACCCCUAGCAGUCCUGACAUCGAGGGUAGGUUGGGGGAAAUCCCAGAUUUUGUCUCUGCUCUUCUCCAAUUGGUAACUUAGCAGACUAAGGCACAAAGAACGGUGACACCCCUCAGUCAAAUUUGUUUCUUUGAAGUGGUUUCAGUAUUGGUGAGUCCUUCCAACUCGAAAUACUUCCAACAAUAUUUUGAAGGCAAAAGCAUCUUUUUGAGAAAAACUGCCUUUUCCAGAUCCAUGAAAGGAAAAUAGAUUUAUGGUGAAAACUGAAAAUGAGCACACAACAGAAUAGCAAAGUCAGUGGUUUAGUCAGAUGGGGUUUUUUGUUGUAAUAAUUUUUGAUUUCUGGUGUGUUUGAUGUUUUAUUUCUAGUGUGUUUUAUAACUACAAAAUGGUUAUUACAUUUUGUAGUAAUUUAAAACCAAAGUUGCUAGCAUCAUUUUGCUGUUGUACCAGUUAAUAUUCAUGGAUUCCUAUUAAAUGUGCUAAGAAUAUUAAAUGUUGAAGAAAGAGUCUGGUAAACAGCAUUCCAGUAGGAAAAGAAGGAUGCAGUCCCACAUCUGGGCUUGACCGCUGUCCCCCUUGCUGGACAUGUGCUGGGCUGCAGACCUUGAUUGCUGGACUCCUGACCUUAAUUGCUGGACUCCUGGCAUCUAAUAACUGUUUCUCUUUACAGUGACUUUUCUUUGUUUCAGAAAUAAUCAUGUUUUAAAAAGUACACAAAAGCAGAGAAGACUAUUUAAUCACUGGAACAGAAGUAAAUACUGUUAAUAUUUUGAUACUUAAUCUUCCAGUGUUUUGUAUACAUACUUUUAAAUUUUUUUUAUCAAAAGUGAAGUAAAUGAUCCUCUACCCAGUAUUUGUAACCGUCUUGUUUCAUAAUGUUAUUUUCCUGUGUCAUUAAACAAUUACAUCAACUUUGUA